CAUUGUUUGGAGUUUGGAAGUCAAAAGUAACCCAGAUAAUUGCAGGCUCUGGAUAAAGCUAUGUAUAGUCGGCAUAGCCAUUUUGUAUCGUUUCAGAAUGUACUGGCACACUACUCGGAAGUGGAUGUUGUGGGUUAUUCUUACUCCCUUUCCGAAGUCUUAAAUGUGCCAAGAUGAACCUUACUGCUCCCCGCAUGGCCAUUUACAUUUCCCAGAUAACGUGAUGCACACCGAGAGUCACAGAGGAGACGGUUUGUCGGGGUAAAAACAGCGGGUGUUUGCGCAACAGACGGGUGCAACGGCCUCCACCAAAAGGAACAUGGCGGUGGCGCCUUCUGAGCCCUGCCCUGACUCAGCCCUUUUGCGACAACUUGGAAGGAUCAAUAAUCUUGUCUGAACACCCAUGGUGACACGGGCGUUCCGCGGGGGGAGCUUUCUCAUCAAAAAGUGAUCUCGCCAGAAAUCUAGAGGUUCCUCGUCUGGCUCCUCUGGGAAGAAAGACAGCAAAUUGAAGAAGAGUUAUUUAUUAGACGCACACAUGAUCUGGCGAGUGAGACAAUUCCACUUCCUCUCCCUUCAUACCUUCUGUGGAGUAACUCUGUAACAUUAGAAGGCCACUUAUGCGGCCAUCUUUGUCAGUCGAGAAAUGGAUGUGAAAUUGGGUGUUUUCUUCUUCACCUUGCGCCUGACGUGUUGUUGGCAGGAAAGAUGUGGGAACAACAUCAAGCAACAGGCAACCAAAAGCAUGCUGCCCUUUGCAAAAACAGCAAGGAGUAUGACUUCUACUGAGGUAGACAUGGAGAUGGCCUCACCCAUCUUAUUUGUGAAUUGUGAACUUCACAUUCAAAUAUUCAAUUCGGACCAGAACAAAAGAAUUGUUGCCUUCAAACAUGGUAGCCGUGAGCAUGUUAUCGGGCACGUGAUGUCACAACUUUGAACCUGAUACCCAGCACGUACAGAAACAGGUCUCCAUCGGGCUUCAUGCCCGUGGUGCAGAUGGAGCCAACGUGGCCCAGAGGCUCAACCUGCCGCGAGGCCGCACGGCAGCAGAUGUUUAUCUCGGGACUGCAAGGACGACAAAACGAUACUGAAGCAAAUUCAACAGGCUCCAGUGUGCACGGAGCAGAAUUUGGGCACCUGCCGGACAACAUUACGGUUCUAGAAGGCGAGAACGUCACUUUGAGGUGUCAGAUCAAUGAGGAGGUGACGCACAAGGCCUGGCUGAACCGUUCCAACAUUCUGUUCACGGGCACUGACAAGUGGUCACUGGACAAGCGCGUCACGCUGGUCAAUAGCAACAACAGCGACUUCUCAGUCCACAUCGAGAAGGUGCAAGUAAGCGACGAGGGGCCCUACACGUGCACCUUCCAGGCAAACAACAAACCGCGCAUCGCCCAUGUCUACCUCAUCGUGCAAGUGCCGGCCAGAAUCGUCAACAUCUCCACAGAGGUGUCUGUGAACGAGGGCGAGAACGUCAACCUCUUCUGUCUGGCCGUGGGUCGGCCCGAGCCAACCGUCACCUGGAAGGACCAGAAAUACGGUCUUGUAAGCGAGGGCGAGUUCCUGGACAUCACGGAGAUCAAGCGCCAGCAGGCCGAGGACUACGAGUGUAUCACCCACAACGGCGUGGCCCCGCCUAAUCAGCGCAAGGUCAAAGUCACGGUCAACUACCCGCCCACCAUUACUGACAUGAAGAACAUGCCCGCACACUUGGGGAAGACGGCCAUCCUGCGUUGCGAAGCCAUGGCCGUGCCCCCCGCCUCCUUCGAGUGGUACCGGGAUGAUCACAGGCCCGUGGAGAGCGACAACACCCUGCGGAUCAAAAAUGAGAAAACGCGCUCGCUUCUGCUCUUCACCAACGUUACAGAGAAGCACUUUGGCAACUACACCUGCUUCGCCACCAACCGUCUGGGGACCUCCAACGCCAGCAUGCUGCUCUUCCGACCAGGGGCCAUACAAGGUCGAGCGACUGGUCUACAAUCGGGCUUAAGCGUCGCCCUCAGCGUUUGGAUCUCUCUUUCUGCCGCCAUCCUGCUGAAGGUGUAACAAUUGGAAACAACCUCUCCCAGCACCAAAAACGGAGUAGAACGCCCACCCCGACAACAACCCCCAUCCCAUCCCCACCCCUCUACCCCUCGACCGAAAGGAAUUGAAUUCUUUAAUUAACGAACCCAUCACUGUGAACAAAAAGAAUAUGCAUUGAAUCAUUGCAUCAAAGUGGAGACCCCAACUCGCCCACCCCCCUACAAAACACACUCCCAGCGUCAUCUGUGCGUCUCCCACAAUGCCUUGCAGAUUUGAAACAUAAUUAUUGUGAGCAGUGAGGAAAGUGGCUGUAAUAUGAAAAGGGAUGUAACAUGUAUCGAUGUACUAAUGACUGACCUACAAAGUCUGCCUUAUAGAACAGCUGUGCUAUUAUAGUGGACAUGUAUGGUAAUGUGACCCGUUUAAGGCUACACACACACACACAAAUAUACACACAUACACAGACAGUGGUGGUCAAAAGUUUACAUAUACGCAUCAUCGGUUUGAAUGUUAGUCAUUCGGGGCGGUCAGUGAUUUGUUGAGCAGAUCGACCAAUGAGAUAAAGAUGAAUUUGUAUAGAAAAAAAAAAACAUUUAGAUUUAAAUUCAAAUUCAUUUGUUGUUGAAUCCCUGUAAUGUAUUUUGUGUCAACAUGCUCGCAAAAAGGCUACAUGGCUAGAUUUCACAUGUAUGCAAAAUUCAAGCUUAAAUUUCCACUUCUGUUACUUUCAAUUGUGUUAAGUAAGGAGUUUCAAAACAAAAUAAAAAAAAAAAAAGUCACCUGAAUUGGGCCAAUACAUAUUAGAAGAGUAACAACAAACUAAUGUCGCCUGUUGGUGGUCUGGCCUUGUUGACACACGCUGGGAAAAUAGAAUUGUCCACACAAAAUUGUCUGUUUGAAUGUUGGUCGAUCAAAUCAUCUCUAAACGUCGCUAAUGUGCAUACGUAAACUUUUGAGCCCAACUAAUCCUAAACAUUCUCACUCUGUAUAGUGAAACGUAAGGCUUUCUUUCCCAUAUCCAACCGUGCAGCAGUUGAACCUGCAAUGAAUGAUGUCAAAAUGUACACAAAAAUAAAAAGGCCUGGGCGGGGCUUGGCGGCGGCGGCGGCGGACAUCUUGUUUCCCCCCCUCCCAUGCCACCACCCGGUCCUUUUCACCCCUUCACCCUGUUUCUCCCCAUCCAUCCAUCUAUCCAUCCAUCCCACUGCCCAAUGUAAAUAUAUGCAGGGGCAAUUGAGCGGCCGCCACCACGGCUUUGUUGCUUGUUGAUAGCAUGUUAGCCCUGUUGUGACUCCAUCCAUCACCCCCUCCCCUCCCCUCCCCCUCCACCACCAUCUGUGUCGAUUUGACCUCGCUCUUUUUUCUUUAUUGGUGUUGCUACUACUACCAAUGCUGAUGAUGUUAAUAUGUAUUUGAAUACCUAUGAAUAGUAAUUCCGUGUCAGAAGAGGACAAAAAAAUAUGAUGGUGAUAAUGGGUCAUUUGUUGGGGGAGUGGGUGGGAAUUUAGGUGGAGGUGUUCAUUUUUUUUAUACUUUGAGAUGUCUCACACACAACACACACACUGAAUAAGGGGGGGGGACAAAAAAGGUGUAAAGUUUUCCUAUUUUGGUUUUUGAAAAUACAGUCCAAGGAAUUAUAAUGAUUAUCAUCAUUUGUACCACUCAGCUCAUCAUAUACAGCGUACGUAUGUGUCCACUUGUCUGAGCAUUUUUUGUCAAUGGGGAAAUAAACCAUGUAAUAAUUUGCCGUC